GAGAAGACGGAUAUGCUGCAGAUACAGUAUCUUUCAUGAGACAGUCAUCACAGCGAAUCCCUUCUGAGAUAUCCAGUAAUAGUCAUGAUACUCAAGAGAACAGUUGCAAUGUUCCAUUUCUUGACAGUUCUUCUGAUGCUGUUAAAUGUUCCUGUUUGCAAUCUUGAAACACCCAUCAAAAUAACUGGAGAGCACUUGGCCGCAAAGGAAGGUUCCUGCAUUACAAUCAAAUGCACUGUUACCAGCUUGAUGAAACAUGAACAAGAUCAAUGGUUCUGGAUGAAAAAUGCCAAGUGGAAUGACAUCAUGAAGGACUUCACUGGCACAAUUGUAAUCAGUAACACGAAGGCCCAAACUCCUGCCCCUGAAUUUGCAGACAGAGUAAAGUACAUUGGUUCUGUGAAUUUUGGACAGGUCACACAAAGCGACUGCAGCCUACUCAUCAACAACCUGGAAAAGACUGACAGUGGGAUCUACACAUUCAGAUAUAUAGGAAAGAAUGACAAAUGGAUGACUGAAGCAGGUCUGAAUCUUACAGUUGAAGAUGACCCGUGCCAGGUUAGAGUUCAGAAGUUGAACAAUUCAACAGUUAUAGAGUCUGCGCCUGUGACCUUUCGAUGCUUCACGUCAGGGGCAUGUGGAUCACACCCAGAGUUCACAGGGCUUGGUCAGACCGUAAUGCCUGUUCACACCUCCGAGGGUAACCGCGCAAGCAGUGCGGUCAGCUUUAAUGCUAGCUGGCAGGAUGAUGGGAGGGUGCUCUCCUGUCAACCACAGGGGACCAAAGACCAGUGUGUGAGCAAGAGCAUCAAGCUGACGGUUGAAUAUGCCCCUAAGGAGACAAAGGCAGUUGUACAUUUGUCAACUGUAAAGGAAGGACAGCCGGUCACCCUCACUUGUUCCAGCAGAGGGCACCCAAAUGCUACUUACUCCUGGUUUAAAGACAGUCAAAAGACCCAAUUCAGAGGAACAGAAUUAUUGAUCCAAUCUACCACAUCUACACACAGCGGGAAUUACUACUGCGAAGCUGUAAACCAACAUGGGACCCAAAACUCAAACGUUGUUACAAUCAAUGUUAAAUAUGCUCCUGUCGGAGUGCACAUUGAAACAAAUAAGGAUCGAUCUACAAUCAAAGAAGGAGACAAAAUCAAAUUAACUUGCGUGGCGAAAAGCAACCCUGAAGCACAUUCAUGGUCUUGGUUCAAAGACAACAAAAACAUAACCAAUGCUUUAAAGGAGUAUACCUUCAGUAGUGUACAGCCAGAUGACGGAGGACGUUACUCCUGUGAGGCGAGGAAUGAUGUUGGCAGGGGAAGGUCAUCAUCAAGAUAUCAGAUAACCGUUUCCCAUGUUCCAAGAAACACUCACAUCACCCAAAGCGGAGGUUCCCACGACAACCAGGUGAAGGCAGGUUCUCAGCUAUGUCUCACCUGUGCGACUGAGGCCCAUCCUGCCCCCAGUGUCUACACCUGGUACCACCAUAGUGGAGUAUUACCACAUAGACUAAGCUCCAUCACAGGCCCCAAACAUACCCUACUCUUGGUUAGGGUGGGCGUAACAGACGAGGGGUGUUACAUUUGUAGGGCCACCAAUGACAUCGGCACGGGACAGAACAGCAGCAUGUCAUGCUUCCGUGUUCUAUAUGGCCCAACCAAACCAGUGCUUUCCAUGGUGCGCACGGCCCAGGAGGGUCACCUGGUUAGUAUCAACUGCACCGUGCAGAGUUUCCCAGACUCUCAGCUCACUCUGACAUGGACUCCCCGUCCCUCGGUCUCACCAAUGUCUAGCUCCCUUCUUCAAAUGCAGCCUCAACCAGUUCUUGGGUUCCUCCAACAUUCUGCCAAUGUUGUCCGGGGUUCUUUUAAUGUUACAUUCCUGCAAGGAGGGGUUUACACCUGUCGAGCCCAGAACUCUGAGGGGAGGAGCAGCACAGAGGAGGAGCUGGAGAUUACAUACAGCCCCAAAAAUGUGAUGGCCUCUGCUCACCCUGACACGGUCCUGACUGAAAACAGCCAGCUGGUUCUUACCUGCACGGCUCGUUCCAAUCCCCAUGCCACCAAAUACACCUGGAUCCAGAUCAGCGCCGGAGAGACCAGGGUAGUGGGGUGGGUCCAGAAGUUGACGGUGAUGUCCACAACCCCAUCCCAUAGUGGACUGUACAGGUGCACUGUCCAGAACUCCUUAGGAACAGGGAAAUCGCAACAGGUUGAAGUUAAAGUCAAGUAUGCUCCAAAGCUCACAAAGGUCAUUCACAACAUGACCAACAGGUGGCAGAGUGAUGGGGAGAGCCCUGUGGCACUGACCUGCCACAGUCACAGUUACCCCCCUGUCAACAGCUACAAGUGGUACAGGCUGGUCGAGGAAAGGGAGCAUUUCAUCAUCAAUCACCAGAACAUCACUGUCCACCCGGAUAAGCCCGGGACGUACUACUGUGUUGCCACCAAUGACAUGGGGGGGAAAGAAUCUGGAAGAGUCGAGCUGUUUCUCAACCGAAGUGUCUUCCAUGUCCUCUCUCUGGUCCUUCCUUUCUGCUGUGUUCCGCUUGUUCUUUUACUCAUCUUUCUGGUCUACAGACACAAGAGAAUCAAAUCGAUCCAUCAGGGGACAUCACAUAAACUGCCUUGUUGUGUUCACUUUGGUUUUCUGGGCUGGCGUAAUGGCACAAGUGAGAACCUGGUGAGUGAAGGGGGUGCAGCGGCAUCAGACCCCCCGGGGAGCAGCAGAGAUCAGCUGUACCACCCGUACCACCCAGAGCCCCUGCCCCAACCGCAGCAUCCCCAUCCCAGCAGGACGUCGGGUCCAGACAGCACGUCCACCUCUGACAUAUACACUGCAUACAGUGUUCUGAAGGUACCAGGUGGAAAGCAGGGUCUUUCACCAAGCCAUCCAAUCAGAAACAAAGAUGAACACACUGGACACACGCAGGAACCUGAAGUCAACUAUGCGUCGCUGCAAUUCAGGGGCCAGGAGAUGGGUAGCUUGGGUCCUAGAGACCAAGCGAGAGAGGAUGACGUCUAUGCUAAGGUUGGCAAGCCAAAGCUGAAGGAAAAGACUAAUAAAUGCAAUGACUACGAGAACAUUAAGGAAGUGUGUGCUUCGAAGCCCACCAUUGAGCCAAACAUGGACACGGAGAUGGGGAGCAGUGAGGAUGACGUGGAGAUCAGCUACUCUGAGGUCAUGUUCAGGGCAAAGCCAGGACACCAGACAGUCUGUAGUUCUGACCCUCACCAGCAUAGGGCCGGCCACAGCAGCAGCUCAGAUGAAGAAGACUACAUAACCCAGUACUCUGAUGUUAAAAUAUAAGAGGAAGUUUCAUUCAUAGUCCAAAAAAAGUUAAGGUUUGUUUGUAAAUAGUUGUAUCACACCUACAGUACCAGUCAAAAGUUUGGACACACCCACUCAUUUAAGGGGUUUUCAUUAUUUUUACUACAUUUACAUUACAUUUAAGUCAUUUAGCAGACGCUCUUAUCCAGAGCGACUUACA